CCCGACUGGAGGGUUGCAAGCCCUACCGAAUAUAAAACGCGCAUUUUGGGCGUUUCCUGUCAAAGCACGCGACUGAACGGGAGCAAUAACAUCCGCAAGCAUACGAAUGCCUUUAAUCCCGCCGGCCAGGUCGCUGUUGUGGCGCUCCCUGCGCAUUUACCAAGUGUACGGCGCCAACACCGAGGUCGGCAAGACAGUCGUCACUACCAUCCUCUGCAAAGGUGCCCGUAGAUUCUGGGCCGAUGAAGAGACGGCUUAUGUAAAGCCUGUCUCAACAGGACCGGCUACCGAUGCCGACGACUUACAUAUCCGAAGGUUUGCUCCUGAAAUUGAUACCAAAACGCUUUUUCAAUAUGAACUAGCCGUCAGCCCUCACAUUGCGGCUCAGGCCUCGGGGCAGCCUAUUGCAUCCGAUGAAGGUGUUUUAGUUGAGGUUUCCAAAGCGGCAGCACGCCAGGCAUCUCGUGGCCCAGGAUGGCUGUUUGUCGAGACCGCGGGCGGCGUGCACUCGCCCUCUCCGUCGGGCUCAACCCAAGCAGACCUGUACAGACCUCUUAGGUUGCCUGUCGUUCUCGUUGGUGAUAGCAAGCUCGGUGGCAUAUCACAGACUAUCUCGGCGUUCGAAUCACUCAAACUCCGCGGCUACGAUGUCGAUACGGUACUUCUAUUCCGAGAAGGACAGUUCAAAAACUACGAAUACCUCGCCGAGUACUUCAAGGAACAUCACGACAUUCCCGUCAUGUCAUUUCUCCAGCCGCCGAAGCGCAUCCACAACGAUCCGAACGCGGACGCGGAGGCAAUGUCACGGUACUACGACGACACCACUAAAACCGACGACAACUUGCGCGAUAUCCUCGGCCACCUCGACACCCGCCACCAAACCCGCAUCUCGCGUCUCGAGUCCAUGAGCACCAAAGCCUCCCAAACAAUCUGGUACCCCUUCACCCAACAAAAACACCUCACCCCGGACAAGAUCACCACCAUCGACUCCGCCCACAGCGACUUCUUCCAAACCCUCACCCCCGCAACAACCCCCCCAACAGCCCCGACACCCACCAACCCCCCCAUCACACCCCAACUCCUCCAGCCCUCCUUCGACGGCUCCGCCUCCUGGUGGACGCAAGGCCUCGGCCACGGCACCCCCAAGCUGGCCCUCGCCGCGGCCUACGCGGCCGGCCGCUACGGACACGUCAUGUUCGCGGAAGCGGUGCACGAGCCGGCGCUGGCGCUGGCCGAGACGCUGCUGGGGGGCAUGGGGAACGCGCGCCUCUCGCGGGCGUUUUUCUCGGAUAAUGGGAGUACGGGGGUGGAGGUGGCGGUGAAGAUGGCGCUGCGGGCGGCGAGGGUGAGGUAUGGCUUGGAGGAGGGGGGGGAGAGGUUGGGGGUGUUGGGGUUGCGCGGGAGUUAUCAUGGGGAUACGAUCGGGGCGAUGGAUUGCUCGGAGCCGUGCGUGUUUAAUGAGAAGGUGGAGUGGUAUGAGGGGAGGGGGUUUUGGUUUGGGUAUCCCGUGGUGGAGUAUAGUCAGGGGUCGUGGAGGGUUAGGUGGCCGACUGAGAUGAGUGAUCUUGGUGGUCGCGCGAGUGUGUCAUACGACUCCCUCUCGGCUGUGUUUGAUGUUGAAAAUCGGGAGUCGGGUGAAGAUGGGCGCAUCUACGAAGAGUUCAUUCUCGCAACUCUUAGGAAGCUUGUUGCCCAAGGGCAAAAGUUUGGGGCGCUCAUGAUCGAACCCGUUGUUCUCGGCGCGGGUGGGAUGCUUUUGGUUGACCCGCUCUUUCAGCGAACUCUCGUCAAGGUCGUCCGGAAAAACCCAACUCUGUUUGGUGACGGUCCGAGUCAUGGUGACAGAGCUGGUGACGAAAAGACUUGGUCGGGUUUGCCCAUCAUCUUCGAUGAGGUGUUCACAGGACUGUACCGGCUCGGCCGCUUCAGCGCGGCCUCGUUCCUGGGCGUCGACGCAGAUAUCUCGGUCCACGCCAAGUUGUUGACAGGUGGACUUGUUCCGCUGAGCGUGACGCUUGCAUCCGAGAGCAUUUUCAACGCCUUUGCGAGCGACGACAAGAGUGAUGCCCUCUUGCACGGCCACAGCUACACGGCCCAUGCGGUUGGUUGCCAAGUAGCCUUGGAAAGCCUCAGAGAGUUUCAGAAAAUGGAUGCGCGGGGAGACUGGGACUGGGCAAAGGCAGCACAUGAGCGGAUCGAAAGCGUACCACAACGAGCCGGGUCACGGAGCCCUUCAAGCAAUGCCGUUUGGUCUGUUUGGAGCCCUGAAUUUGUCUCUUGGGUGGGUCAGCUGCCAAGUGACUUCGUGAGCGGCGUUUGGGCUCUCGGGAGCGUUUUGGCCAUUCGGAUUACCAGCGCAGAUGGCAUGGACAGCUAUAAGAGCAGCGCUGCCAGGUCUGUACAAACCGCGUUACUACAGAAUCGCCAAAGUUCCGGCCAUGACGGGGUGGACAACUCACCGGGCAACGUGCACACACGGGUAUUGGGGAACACUCUGUACGUCAUGACCGGCCAGACAACGACACGGGAAAGCGUUCAGAGGCUGGAAUUUUCAUUGCGCGGGGCGAUUCUAGAGGCAAAAAAGGGAGAUGGGAUAUGAUUACGUAUAUGGGCGUGUCAUAUGUAGUACCUAGGCAAUAUUUUGGUGAGAAAGUUGGUCUGAGGCCUGGCGAGCAGCAGGAAAUAAUUGCCUCCUCAAGUACGUGAUUUUGCUCAGCCACCGGGUACAUGAGCGGAACGGAAAGUCCCAUACAAAUGUAAUGCUCGCUAUAGCCAAUCCUUUGUUACCA